GGAGUUGUAGAAGCAUAAGCCAAUCACUGAUGCUGUUGUUUGGGAGUCUGUUUAUUUGAAACGGCAAAGCAAGCACUUUCCAACUGACGACUCGUUUGAGAUCACGAUGUCAUCAGAGGAGGAUGAAGACACUCCUGUUCUCCCCAAAGACUCAGACCGGGGCAGCUCUGUGUCUUCUGAGCUUCAGGAUGAGUAUGAGGAGCUCUUUCGCUAUGCUGUUAUCACCCCCAAACAUAACCUGCUUUUUGUUGCUCAAGGUCAACGUUCCCAGAGAGCAGAUGAACCAAGCGAACAGCAUCUACAAGAUCCUGAAGCAGACGAGAGGCACUCCAUCAGAAGCACAAGAUUGUCAGAGGCCUCUCCUCAGGCUGAGAGGACAGCAGGUCCGUCGUCAAGCAAGACUUCAGUGCACUACGAUGCGCCAUCAGAGGAUCUUCAGGCAGCAUCCAAGUCUUCAGACAACCAGGAGUCCCAUGAUUGUGCUUUCACUGAGACGUUUACCUCUGACGAGAAUCUUAGCAAAAUGGAAAAUAUUCUGGACACGUGGAGCAACAACCUCAAGUCAAACGUCCUAACCGAGCUCCAGAAGUGGAAGUAUGCCUUCAUGGAGCAGCACAGGAAGGAGAUAAAGAAGGAGGGGGAAAAGCAUGCAGUCCAAAUUGCUGGACUGAAGUCAGAGCUCUACACGCUGAAAGGGCUGCUGCGCACCUACGAGACGUCCAACCAGAGAAAGGAUGAGGUGAUCAGGAAUCUGAGCCAGGUGUUGGAUAGACAGAAAGAGAAGCAGGAAAAGAUGAAAACCUUCACACACUGGAGACUCCAGCAUGCUGAGGCUAAAGAAGAGGCUCAUGCUGUUCAGGUGGCGCGGCAGCACUACAGUUUGCAGCUGAAGAGGAAGGUGUGGCAGAGCUGGCACGGCCUGAUCCAAAAGCACUGGAAGGCUAAGGUGGAGCGAGCGUGCCGUUCCAGGGCUGAGGAGGUCUGCUCCCACCUGUCCGCAGAAUACGAGGCCAAGCUGGCAGAGCAAUCUGAGGCUCUCGAGAAGGCUGAGGCAGAGAUUCAGAGGCUACACUUUGAGCGAGAGCGCUAUGAGGAGUCUAUGAAGAAAGCCUUCAUGAGGGGCGUCUGUGCCCUCAACAUGGAGGCUCUCAACAUGUUCCAGUCCACUGAAACACGGGCAGAGCAGCUACCCACGCAGGAACCACAUGAUCCAUCGCCUGGUCAGGACGAGCGCGGAUCAGCUACGUUGCCUAAGCAUCAGCCGUUUCCCACUACCUCGAAAAGGUUUAGUCCAGUCCACUUUGACCGCCUUGAACCUACACAAAUGGAAGCUGAUGUUAUGGUUGGCCUCAGAGUCUCCACCUCCCAGGAGGAGAGGCUUCCUUCCACCGCAGUUUUGCACAGCUCUCUCCCAGUAGGGGGCAUCACGAACACCCACAAACAGUCUGGUGCUCGGAUCGUGACAGCAGGUCAACAGAAAUCCUCAAAGACUGUGACGGCUCGCAUCACUGCGCGAUCUGAUGUCGGUAAGGUCCCACACGGCGGCCUCCAGGUGAUGGGAGUAGCUCCACCAAUGAGCUCUGUCGUAGUAGAACGCCAUCAUCCUAUUACACAGCUGACAGUUGGACAGGCGAUUGCUUCAAAGUUUCCUCGGCCGUUCCAGCAGAAUCAAACGUCUGCUGUAGGCAGAGCGUCAUCGCGAACACACACCAGCACAUGCAGUGUCCACUCAAUCAAGGAAGUGGAAUGAACACCCCUGGUGCAUUAAAUUUAGUGAUAGCAUUUAAUUUAUUUUACGCAAAAAUCCUCAUUUGUCUUUUAAACAUUCAUGUGAAGUUUGAUAUCCUACAACAGGUUUACCUCUGUGUUGUUUUUUUUUUUUUUUUAGUUGGCUUUCAUUUAUGUAAAGGCAUAGCAGAUAGAGUAGUAGAAAUGUUUUCUUAUAAUUUACAGUUUAGGGUUAUAAAUUGACUUUUACCUCAUCUCAGAUGUUUGCUUUUAAAUUAUGCACAUUAUGAACGAGGAUUUUAUUGCAUAAAAUCAUUUUUGUGCACCCAUUCAUGAUUUAGAAACAAUCUAGCAGCAAUGGUUGCUUACUUUCUUAAUGCAAAGUCAUAUUUUACUGAUCAGCAGCACAUUGCUAUUUUCUAAAUAAAUGCUUUUACCAAUAACUUAUUACAGAAAUCCAUGGUCGAUAAUUAUGUAAACAAAACUGAUCAUGAAAUGCAGCAACUCUUGCCGGUGUUCUCUGCCUCCGUCCGAAUCUUAUCUGCAAGACGAAAUAACAUUUGAUUGAACACUGUACACCGGCACAGAGCAAUGUUUACAUGCAUGCUGGUUUCUGUGACGAAACGUUGAAAGUACCAGCAGCCUUCCUGUUCCCAGUGAGGAUGAGUUCCUGGUAGAGUUGUUUGGAAGGAUUCGUCUGAGCGAGCUCCUCCCUGUGGAGCCAGAUCAGCAGCAUCCUGUGACCGUGCUCUCUAUAACUGUGCUGACCUGGGAACCAAACGACACAACAGCGUAGAGUCAGGAAAGCUGGUCAACCUGUUGAGACGUUUUGAAGCAAGAACCGUGAGUUCAGGUAUUAUGAUUACAGGGUUCCUGUACCGUCUGGCAGUUCAAUAAGUAGGAAAAAUAAGCUGAGUUUAUACAGCACUUUUCUAGUCAAGCUAGCCACUGAAAAUGAUUUACCCUAGAACUACAUUCACCCAGCUGCACUCGAACACAUCACAUUUAUAGACUGAUGCAGAUCAGUAGUUUACUAAGGCUUAAAAAGCCUUGUGUGAAAUCCUUUGUUCACCUGUCCAUCAGUUCCUCCAUUCACCUAUCCAUAAAUCUGUCAAUUUAUGCUGUUCUGCCUGUUAUCUUCCUACUUCCAGUGCAUCUCACCUUCAAUCCCUUCAUAGUCAUCUAACCACUGACUAUAACCUUCUCGCUGUUUGAUUAGUUCAUCUGUCUACUCAUUCAUCGGCCCACAUAUCCCAGUUUUUUCGUCUUUUUAUCCAAUCAGCUGUCAGUCAUUCACUCACUUCCUUACAUUUUGAGGGUUUUUUUCUGCUGCUUUAUUUAAAGUCUGACCUAGAAAUAUUAGACAAAUAUUAGUUUAGAAUAUUUUCUAUUUCUAUUUAAAGAUUAGCUAAAGAGCACUCUGGCUACGAGUCUGGAAAACGAUGGAAUUAUGAUGUGUUAAAAUGAUCAGGACUCCUGUUACAUCACGUCAUUUUAUAGUCAAUGCUCUGUGAAUUGAACUUGAAACUUGAACAGUGAUUACAUGAAAACUGAUUUUAGUUUUUAAAGUCCUGUGUGUUGGGUUUUGGUGGCACCUGUCCACUGAUCCUCAAUAGCAGCCACUUGCUCCUUAGUGAAGGCCCAGUUCUUUGCCAGUCUUUUCCAGUCUCCGGGCUUCAGGAGCUCGUACGCUAGGCGCCAGGCAGUAGAACGGAGCUGCUUGGUUUCAUUCCGGUGGUCAAGUUUAAACGUUAGCGGAUGCUCACUGUGAACGCUUUCAUUAAGCUCAGGGUUGGCCUGAAAGGGCAAAUAAAUCAUGUCAGAGGGCUGAUAAAGGCCAUCGGCCCCUGAAAACACAGCGCUGUGGGAAGAGAUUAUUGGCAAAGCACCAAAACAAAUGAUUAGCAAUAUGAAUGUCAGAGCUGAGCAUGUCUGCAAUCAAUAAUGUUGGUGAAUCAUGCAUAUCUUUAAUUACAUUUGUGGUAAAUUGCCUGUCAAAUGUUUCUUUUUUUUUCAUCUGGGAUCCUUUGAUGUUAUUAGAGGGAAUGCAGCUAAUUGAGGAUAUGUUGGUGCCAAAUAAAUCAUUUCUGAUGAAUUUCAAGCCCUGAAGAUGACAUGGAGCUCAUAUAAACACUACAACCGCAUCAGCUAACAUGCAUAUUUGGAUUUUUUUUUUCCCCUCACCUUUCUCCAGUUGUAGUAUCUUUCUGCUUUAAUGAUCAUGUCCACAAUGAUCACCUCAUUUGCUCUGGCUGCCACACCCAGUGCAGUUUUACCCUGCUACUCCAAGUCCAGCACAGAAAAUGAGAUUGAUAAAGUAAAUCAGAAUAGCGACAUUAGUUAUGUCAUUUCAGACACCGUUUUCUUUAUUUUGGUGUACUUUGCUUGUGCUGUGACAUAAAUGCACUAUACGUCAGACUGUCUUAAGGUGAUU